UCUCUCCAUCCUCCCCCACUCGUGCUCGGACUUGAAGAGUCCAGCACCGUUAGAUUCCCUAGAUCCUAUAUUUCUCUAAUCCGCGAUGACCCAUCUCCAGCCGCCCGUCAAGUGGGACGCGAGGUACCUUGGCCCCGUCCCCCACGACACCUCCUACUACGCCAAGUGCAUGCUCGGCGGUGCCCUUGCGUGUGGUUUUACUCACGCCGGCAUUACCCCGCUCGACGUCACAAAAUGUAACAUGCAGGUGAAUCCUGGCAAGUACAACGGUCUCGGCGCUGGUCUCAAGACCAUCGUCGCCGAGGAGGGUCAGGCCGGUCUCUGGAAGGGCGUCGGCCCGACAUUCGUCGGUUACUCUCUCCAGGGCAUGUUCAAGUACGGUCUCUACGAGGUCUUCAAGGAUGCGUACAUGAACCUUGCCGGCGAAGAGACCUCCGCCAAGUACAAGCCCGCCAUCUGGCUCGCUGGCUCGGCCUCUGCCGAAGUCUUUGCGGACAUCGCCUUGUGCCCGCUCGAAAUGACCAAGGUCCGCAUCCAGACCAGCCCCGCUGGCACCUUCCCGGUUCCCUUCGGCCAGGCUCUCCGUGCCAUGUCGGCCAACAAGCUUGAGACCAAGUACCCCUUCGGUUCCCUCGUCCCCCUGUGGUCGCGCCAGAUCCCCUACACCAUGGCCAAGUUCUUCUUCUUCGAGUACAUCGUCUCGCUGUUCUACAAGCACGUCUUCACCGCGCCCAAGGACACCUACGGCAAGGGCACCCAACUCGGUGUUACCUUCGCUUCCGGUUACCUUGCUGGUGUCGUCUGCGCCAUCGUCUCCCACCCUGCCGACUCGCUCGUGUCCCUCAUGGGCAAGUCAGCGAACAAGGGCAAGUCCGUCGGCCAGAUUGCUUCCGAGACCGGCAUCGUCAACCUCGCCACCAAGGGUCUCGGCACCCGUAUUCUCAUGAUCGGUACCCUCACCGGCUUCCAGUGGUGGAUAUACGAUUCGUUCAAGGCAGUCAUGGGCAUGGGUACCUCUGGAGGCAAAUAAACGGCUUAGAUAUGAUGGUCGUGGUGGACCCGGACGGAGAUGAGGCUAUCACGGACUCGCUUGUGUAUACGUCUCAUUUUCUUGUCCUUUUGCACGUUUUCGAUAUGUCGAUGGUUUCUCCCUUCAUCUACGAUUCUCUGAGCGCAAUAUUGAAAGAGAAGUAUGAAACGGCGACAUGACCGACAUCC